AAUGAUGCUUCAUAUUUUUUUUCUCUACUAGAAAAACCACAAAUAAAAUAAAGGGUCCUAACUCCUAACAUUAUUCAAUCACAAAAAAAAUGGCAGUGUCAUUAGCCAGAAAAAGAUCAAAAUUAUCAAGAAAACUUGAAUCAAAACAAUCCUGUUUUGGCUUUUCAAUUCUAUACAACUUUAUACAUAAAAUUUCAGCUUUAGUCUUUCUUUUAAUCCUUAUCUACAUUUGGUCUUCAUUUUCCACCAUUAUAACAGGAAACAUCAUUCAUGUUUGCUUUUCCACAAGAAAGCUCAAUAGUCUCUAUUGUCUUUCUGCAGGCACCAAUCCUCAUCCCUCUUUUGAAAUUCCAACUUCCAUAAACAAUAAUAAUACUAUUAGCACCUCCAUUAUUACUACUACAAAAAUUGAAGGUGAUACUAAUAAUGCAACAAAGUUUCCAAGUACAUCAUAUAUGGUAGUAUCUAACAAUCAUAAAGAUGAUGAGGCUGCAAAUGCUGUUAAAGUCGUUGAGGAAUACUUGCAGAUUCAUCGAUCCUGGAAGUCGGAUAAAAACUAUGGAAAUUGUGAUGGUAAAGGAAUAUAUGUAUAUGAUUUGCCAUCUAAGUUUAAUAAGGAUUUGGUUGGUCAAUGCAAUGAAAUGGUUCCAUGGCAAGGUUUUUGCAAAUAUAUAAGUAAUGAAGGGUUUGGUGAACCAAUAUCAAAACUUGGUAAAGGUUGGUAUAAAACUCAUCAAUACUCACUUGAAUUAAUUUUUCAUUCAAGGGUGUUGAAGCAUCCAUGUAGGAUUUAUAAUGAAAAUGAUGCAAAGUUGUUUUAUGUUCCAUUCUAUGGUGGACUUGAUGUGUUGAGAUGGCAUUUCAAGAAUGUUUCAAAUGAUGUUAAAGAUAGUUUGGGUUUGGAGUUAUUGAAGUGGCUUGAAAGACAAGUUACAUGGAAAAGGAAUUCAGGUAAGGAUCAUGUUUUUGUGUUAGGUAAAAUUUCAUGGGAUUUUAGGAGGACUAAUGAUUCUCCUUGGGGUACUAGGUUGUUAGAGUUUGAUAAAAUGCAAAAUCCAAUUAAGUUAUUGAUUGAACGACAACCGUGGCAUGUCAACGACAUCGGAAUUCCUCAUCCGACUUAUUUUCAUCCGAAAUCGGACAAAGAUAUAAUCGACUGGCAACUAAGAAUCAUAAGAUCGAAUAGGAAGAAUCUUGUGAGUUUUGCUGGUGCGGCACGAGCUGAUGCAGACGACCAGAUUAGGUCGAUAUUAAUAGACCAAUGCAGUUCAAAUAUUGAUGGUAAAUGCAAGUUUUUGAAUUGUAGUUCUGUUAAAUGUUAUGAGCCAGAAACAAUUAUAGACCUUUUUGUGGAGUCUGAGUUUUGUUUGCAGCCACCAGGCGAUAGUCCAACUAGAAAAUCGGUUUUCGAUUCGCUGAUAUCGGGUUGUAUUCCGGUUAUAUUCGAUCCUUUCACAGCUUACUAUCAAUAUCCUUGGCAUUUGCCAGAGGAUUAUGAUAAGUAUUCUGUGUUUAUGGAUAAAAAAGAGGUAAGAGAAAUGAAUGUGAAUGUUGUGGAGAGGCUUGCCAAUAUUUCUUUAAGAGAAAGGGAAAAUAUGAGGAGGUAUAUUGUAUAUGAACUAUUGCCUAGUGUAGUAUAUGGUGAUCACAAUGCUGAGCUUGAGAAAUUUCAAGAUGCAUUUGCUAUUACUAUGAAUAAUUUGCUUGAGAGGGUUAGCAGAUUCAAGGAUUGAAUGCAUUUUAUUUUA